AAACUGCACAAGGUAUUAGUAGAUGUUAACUGUUUUCGAACUGUUUUAGUAUUUCUAAAUAUUGUAGUUAAUACUACCAUGUUAAUUUUAUGUAUAGCCCUAGGGUUGUUGUUUAUAUAUUGGUUGGAAAGAAGAAGGAGACAUGCACAAUUCUGGAAACAUAUUUGGAAAAUUCCAGGACCUAAAGGGAUUCCAAUAAUUGGCACCCAUUACAGAAUAUUUACUGAAAAGGAACUAUGGUUAAGGGAUCGGUUAAAUGCCAAAAAGUUUUACCCGCUAUUUAAAUUAUGGUGUUUUGAUAUUGUUGUUGUUUUUGUGAUAUGCCCAGAUGAUAUAAAAAAAAUUCUAAAUAGCAAAGUACACAUUAACAAGAGUUUUAUAUAUGAUUUCUUCAAGGACUGGAUAGGAGAUGGUCUGUUUGUAACUAAUGCAACAAAGUGGCACAAAAGAAGAAAACUACUCACACCAGCUUAUCACUUUAACAUAUUGCAAAAAUCUGUAGAUGCUUUCAGUACAGAGACAGAACGACUAAUUGACAGAUUAAAUGAAGAUUGCCAUAAGCCUUACCUUAAUGUAGUAGACUUGGCAAAAGAUUUUGCUAUGUGCUGCGUUGGUGAAACGUCUGUAGGGCUUCCUGUACGUGAUCACAAGAACUACGAGAAAUACAAAAAGGCUGCAAAAGACUAUUUAGAACUACAGGUAGCUAAAGCUGCCAAUCCAUUAGUUCUUGUUCCUGCUCUGUACAAAUGGACUUGGAUCUACAGAAAGAGCUUGGAAGUCAUUUCAAUCUUACAAGAAUUUUCUAGCAGCGUUCUCGCUGAAAAAAAGCAACGUAUUAAAGAAGACAAACAAUAUUUUGAAAAAGAAAAAUCGUUAGGGUUAUUGGAUUUGCUGUUGAAAGCUAGAGAGGAUGGUGCAGAUAUAGAUGAUACUGGAAUUAGGGAAGAAGUUGAUACGUUCAUUUUUGCAGGACACGAUACUACAGCUACUUCAUUAUCAUUUAUCUUGUUUGCGUUAGGAAAUGAGCCAGACAUACAGGAACGUAUUUAUGAAGAAACCGUUAAUACUCUCGGAGACUCAGAAACACCAACUUUUAACCAAUUAAAGGAUCUAAAAUAUUUAGAAAGAUGUAUCAAAGAAGCCUUACGGCUAUACCCAGUUGCUCAUACAAUAUCCAGAAAAGCUGGGGAAGAUAUCAAAACCAUGAACGGAUGUGUAAUUCCUAAGGGAUGUAUGAUUUAUGUAGACAUAUUUGAUGUACACCGGCGACCAGAAAUAUGGGAGGAUCCAGAAAAAUUUGAUCCGGAUAGAUUUCUGCCAGAAGCCACAGCUAAAAGAAGUCCCUUUGCUUAUAUCCCGUUUAGUGCAGGAAGUAGAAAUUGUAUAGGUCAGAAAUAUGCGAUCCUGGAGCUGAAGGUUGUUUUAUGUGGAAUAAUCAGACAUUUCAUAUUAAAAUCCGAAAAAAGACCUGAUGAAAUUGAACUGUCUGCUGAUAUAUUUUUGAAAGUGAAAGAUAGAACCUUAAACGUCAAAUUUAUACCAAGAACUAAACAUUAAAUUAUUUUUUACACAA